AUAGGUAACAGAAAUUUAAAUUUUUAUUAUUAGUACAAUUUUACAUAAAAAAGAAUGUUUUUUUUCCCCUCUUCUUCGAUCCCAUCAGAGAGAUCCCUCUGUACUAAAUCGAAUUGGGCUUUUUCCUUUUCGUCCUUAUAAUUUUGAAAAAGUUUAAUUUUGGCCCGGAUUUUUAUCUGUUUAUUUCGAAAAUAAAGGAUUGAAAUUGUAAUUUCUAUUCAAAAAAAAAAUAAAAAUAAAACUUGUAUAUAAAAUGAAAUGUAGAUUGAUUGAUUGAUUGAUCUGUUAUUUUAUAGGAGUAUUUGGGGAUUUUUUUUUUAGGGUUUUUGGAUGAGGAUUUAAGAGGAAGGAUUUGAAUUUUAUUUUUUGGGAUUUGGUGGAUGGCGUCAGCUCAGGUGUUGAAAAAGCAAGAGCAUUUGCAAGCUGGGAAGAAAAAGCUAGAGGAAUUUCGUAAGAAGAGAGCAGCAGAUAAGGCUAAAAAGGCAACUUCAAAUAGUCAACAGCUUGCCUCUGAUGGAGGCGUAGAUAAUCAACAUUCAGGGAAUGAACCCUCUAGAAUUAAGGACUCCAGCGGAGCUGAUACAUCUGAUGCUGUUGUCAGAUCUGUUCUAGAGCCAUCUGAAGUACAUGCUAAGCAUGAUUUUGCCAAGCCUGAUCUUACCCAGAAGUCUGAUUUAAUUUUUCCUAAUGAAUCUAGUGCUGGUGAUACGCCUAGUUUGCACAAAUACAAUGAUGAUGCUGUUGUUAAAGCCAACAAGUACGAUGAUGGUGCUGUUGUUAAAACUGCUGUUGUUAAAACUAACAGUUAUGAUUUUGGUUCUUCCAUCUCAUCGUUGUCUCAUUUAGAAGAUAAACGGUCUAGAAGUGAUGAGAAUCUCAAGGUUUCUGAAACAGUAAGUGAUACUUAUGACAACCCUGAGAAGAGGGAGAAUGAUGGGGCCUUAGAAACUGUUCCAUUCAGGUUUGUGACUAACCACUCUACAGCCACUUUUCCACCUUCAUCCCUCAAUAGUGACAGAACUUCCAGUCAUUUCACUUAUGAUGAUAUGGGUAAAAGCAUAUCAGAGGAGAACCAUGCAAAGGAUCUUUCUGUAACUAAUGAUGGUACUUCUCAUGCUUUUCUGGCUAAUGUCUCACCUUCAAAUCCAUUCCGUUCUCUCGAAGACAAGCAACAGUAUACAGAUCACUGGGCUAGUGACAUGACUUCCGCUUCAUAUGGUGAUUAUGUGCCUCGCGGUACCACUGUCACAAAAUUUUAUCCUGAAGUUGGGAGAAAUGCUGCUGCUGUGGGAUCUAAUAAUUUUGUAGUGCCUGAUAAAGAAUACAACCAGUUAAGCAGCUCCGGUCUUCCCCCGACUAAAACUUCUUCUUGGGCAUCGAACUCCAAGUAUGAUGGUUUUGAUGCUAGAAGUUCUUCUAGUUACUCACAGAUGUCUCUGCCCAUAACUGGGGCAACUGGGAGGAGAACUCCAUCUUUCCUUGAUUCCAUCAACAUUUCAAAAGUCUCUGCUGCAUCCCCUCCCUCAAUAGGAUCAGUUACUACAGACACAUAUGACUCAAUUGGUUACCCGAAGGACACACUGGGUUUAUCAAAUUCUGAGAACUUGUCAAAUUCUUCAAAAUUUUCUGGUAAUGGGUCAGAUCUAUACAAGCAUGCUGCUGAGAAAGACAUAGGCAACAUGGACAACAGAAAUCCAUUUUAUUCACAGAAGCAAAAUGAAGAUUUUGCUGCAUUAGAACAGCAUAUUGAAGAUUUAACACAAGAGAAGUUCUCUCUGCAACGCGCUCUAGAGGCUUCACGAACUCUAGCAGAGUCUCUAGCUGCUGAAAAUUCAGCUCUGACAGAUAGUUAUAAUCAACAGGGAAGUUUUGUUGGCCAACUAAAAGCUGAGAUGGAGAUGUUGCAAGAGGAAAUUAAAGCUCAUCUGGGUGAACUUGAAGCCGUGAAAAUGGAAUAUACAAAUGUACAAUUGGAAUGUAAUGCUGCUGAUGAGCGCGCCAAGCUGUUGGCGUCUGAAGUAAUUGGCUUGGAAGAGAAGGCACUUCGUCUAAGAUCUAAUGAGCUUAAACUGGAGAAAGAAUUGGAGAAGUCACAAGCUGAAAUGUCUUCUUUUAAGAAGAAAAUUGCUAGCCUUGAAAAAGAUCGUCAAGAUAUGCAAUCAACAAUCAAUGCUUUAAAAGAAGAAAAGAAGCUCUUGCAGUCCAAAUUCCUAAAAGCUUCUGCAAAUGGAAAGUCGGUUGAUCCUAGCAGGAAGAUGCCUCCUAAAGUAGAUGUAUCAACUUCUACCGAGGAUCUCCGUGAAGAUGAUAUCACGAGUAGUACCACAAAUGACACUAAUUUGGUUGGUAUUGAUGGGCCCACCACCUCUUCUUUGUCCAAUUUUGGACAGUUUAGUAUCGAAAAUUUGUCAGUGGCCAUUCCUCCAGAUCAAAAUAGGAUGAUCCAAGACAUUAAUACAUUAAUUUCUGAGUUAGCCUUGGAGAAAGAUGAAUUGACAAAAGCCCUGUCAGUUGAAUCAUCUCACUGCACUACAUUGAAGGAAUUAAACAAGGACUUAACUCGGAAGCUUGAAAUUCAAACACAAAGAUUGGAGCUUUUAACUGCUCAAACCAUGGCAAAUGACAACAAACAAUUGAGACAACCAGAUGCGGUGUCUGUUCAUGAGAAUAUUGCGUAUGCUGAUGAAGGAGAUGAGGUGGUGGAACGAGUAUUGGGAUGGAUCAUGAAACUAUUUCCUGGAGGGCCAUCAAGGCGACGAACCAGCAAGCAUUUUUAAUCUCCAUAGCAAGAGUACAAAUACAAUUGAGUGUUUUCUGCGAAAAGUUAGUUCUUGCUCCUCUCUGGCCUGGUAUUUGGUAGCCAGACGGAGUCCAGAUUAUGUACAUUAUCCAUGGUUUAUAGACAGUCCAAUUCUUUUUUCCCAAAAGAAGCAAAUUGUAUCUAAGAGGCAUAUCGGAAGCUGGAAUAGCCGUUUCUCUGACAGUUUUGGCAAUAAACCGUGAUCUCGUUGUUUACAAGGAGUUUUUGUUUUAACAAACGUCGCAAUGAAGAUCAAAGACAACGAAAGAUUUGGGAUGUCUUAGUUCACAAGAUAUGUUUAGUUGUCAACCAUGAGAAGACAAAACAGGUCAAAUGAUUCCUUUUUCUGUGGAAAUGAUGUUUAUAUAUUGUCAUUGUACUCGUUAUGUUGUCUCGGUGCACUAAAGCUACCCAUAUGAGCAGGGUCCGAGGAAGUGUCUGGAUCACAGGCGUCUAUUGUAUGCAGUUUUAGUCUUACCCUGCAUUUCCGCUUUGGUGCUCGUUAUGUUGUAUUUGUUGAAAACUAAGGCUUAAGAAGGCCCAAUAUAUCAAAAUAUGAUGGUUCUGUCCGUCCAAUAUAUCAAAAUAUGAUGGUUCUGUCCGUCCUUUGUACUCA